UUCUAACCUUCUCUUUUCCUUCUAUCAAAAACCCUCAUCACCCACCCCUUCAUUCCCUCCCUCUUUCUUCCUGGUCAUUUCUCCCUCCAGAUCUUUUCCUUCCCCUAAGUGUUUGUGUUUUUGAUCAUCUUUCUGGUGACAACCAGACAAGCUUUUAGAUACCUAGCAGAAACGUUACUAAUAUCGGUCUGGUUAUAACCAGAAGAAGAUCAAAGAUUAAAGAUUUCAAGAGACACAUCAAUAUUCACAUAAAUGGCCCCAGUUUCAUUGCCUCCAGGCUUCCGUUUUCAUCCCACCGAUGAAGAGCUUGUUGCAUACUAUCUCAAGAGGAAAAUAAACGGACAUAAAAUCGAACUCGAAGUUAUCCCUGAAGUUGAUCUCUACAAGUGCGAACCCUGGGAUUUACCAGGGAAGUCGCUAUUACCAAGCAAAGAUCUAGAGUGGUACUUUUUUAGUCCAAGAGAUCGUAAGUACCCAAACGGAUCAAGGACAAAUCGAGCCACGAAAGGUGGUUAUUGGAAGGCAACAGGUAAGGACAGGAAUGUCAACUCACAAUCUAGGGCCGUGGGGAUGAAGAAAACCUUAGUUUAUUAUAGAGGGAGAGCACCACAUGGUGCACGUAGCGAUUGGGUUAUGCACGAAUACCGCCUUGAUGAGCGAGAAUGCGAAAGUGAAUCUGGGCUCAAGUUGCAGGAUGCUUAUUCGCUAUGCCGUGUGUUUAAGAAGAGUUUGAAUGCUCCAAAGACAAACGUUGGAGUGCAUUAUGCUGCGGCGGCGAGUGAUCGCUCAUCAAGUAUGGACCGGUAUUCAGAGGGAGGAAGGGGUGGAGAAGAUAUGGAAACUUGUAAUUAUCAAACACCAAUGGCUUCAUCUUCAUCUGAUCAUCUCAACCAUGGAACUCCAUAUGUCUCAAGUGAAACAAGUGAUGGCAGAUGGAUGCAGUACCUAUCAGAAGAAGCAUUCACUUUUCCAAAUCCAUCUUUCACCAACUGUGGGAAUGUUUCUUAUCCCCCAUCCAAGGUUGACAUAGCAUUAGAAUGUGCAAGACUUCAACAAAGGUUAUCAAUGCCUCCAUUGCAGUAUCAAGAUCUCCCACAACAAGGGGCUACAAGCUAUGUGGAUUUGAUGAAUAUGCCACAGACAAGCAGCAGUAUGCGCGACUUCUCAACUUCGAAUGGUCCUCAGCAGGACAUUUUGCAGGAAAUCCUUUCAGUUGCGCAAGUUUCACAGGAUCUCAACAAUCAGAACACUUGGGGUGGAGGUUAUUCCAAUCAUCAUGAAGAUGAUUUCUCGUUUCUGGCUAAUAAUAAUAGCAGCAAUAAUCAAAAGCAUGAUGUGGGUUCCUUUAGGUUCAUGGGAGAUGAUCAGAAUAUGAGGUCUAUUGAGGUUGGUGGUGCUCAUGACCAGCUCGGAACUAAUAGAAUGGCUGAGAAUUUGAGAUGGGUUGGUAUGUCUAACAAAGAUCUUGAGGUGACGUUUUGGGAAGAUUACAAGACUGUUCCAGUGGAAAAUAUACCAAACUUUAAGAGGGAGGAACAAGAGGUUCAAGUUGCAGGAGAAAGCAGUCAAACCAACAACUUGGAACACACUGAAGACCACUUCUCACUUGGAUUUGUGAACGAAGAUCACAACAACUCAAACGACGAUAACUUCUUAGAUGAUGGCGACUUGGAUGACUUCACCACAACUCCAAGCUUCGAAAUUUAUGAGAAAACCAAAGCCAGUCACGGGUUGAUUGUGUCAACCGGACAGGUUUCCAAAACCUUCUUUCACCAAAUUGUCCCUUCACAAACUGUCAAGGUCCAACUGAACCCAGGAAUGAUUUAUCACGGCAAGCCAAAGCCUAAAAAGAGAGUUGUAUACGAUGAGGUCACAAUAUUUGCAGGUUCGACAAUUUCAGAUCAGGUGACCACCAAGAAGACAGUGAGCCCUUUUGUAAACUUGGUUUCCCUUCUAUGGAUAUGUUGCUUUUAUGUUGAAGAAUCAAAGGAAGAUGAUCUUAGUCAUAUGAAUAUGAAGUUGAAAGAUGAUGAUGGUUCACCAAAAGAAGAGGAGAAUGAUGAACAAUGGAGCAUUUCAAGUGUGGUUUUGGAGAAGGUCAUAUGGCCAUGUGUGACUUUGGCUUUGGCAUUUUCUACCAUUUGGGUUCAUCAUAAUUACUAAUUACAAGUUUUCUAAAUUUCUUUUUAUAUUAUAUAUUGUCUCUAACCAUACAAGGUGAAGUUGUAUACCUAUAGAAAAAAGAUAAAACUUAGCUUUCCCUGGAUUUAUCUGAGGUUGAAUUAUAAUGUU